AUGUCUUCAACGACAGGAGACUCGAAACCAAUAGCUCGUCCACCACAACUAUACAGGGUCUCGACUCAUGCCACUUACCAAGUCACAAGUCCACCUACAUCAGCCUCAACCUCUACCUUCAAAGGCCCUACUCUUUCUCAUACUCAAACACCUUCUUUACACGACCGCAAAGCUCCACUCCCUCUUAACCUUGCAACGAAAGACACUGAUCAUUCUGAACUUCUCUUUCCACAACCAAGUAUAACUUCACCGGCAACUGUAGGUUUGCCACCUCCGAUUUUAAGCCCAUAUGGUUUGAAUCCUCCAUCCCCUUCAGGCAGUCGUCGAGCGUCAGGAUCUACAACACAACUAGCCAUUCCAAUUUCAAUCGUUCAACGUAAAUCUCUGACGGAAAUUACAGUAUUCACAUCGGAACAAUAUCGAUCUUUGAAACAUUUUUGUUCGGAUAAAACCAUAGCUAUUGACGACAGCGAGACGUGGGAAUCUAUGCUUAGCGUGCAGAAGUUUCCCGUGAUCGAUCCUGGACAAGAUGCCUUUGAUAUUGACAUGGCUACUGUGAGCUUGGCUAUCGAAUUGGUAUCUAACAACAGAAAGACAAAAAACUUUAACACGCUUCUUCAACACACGUUGAAUCAAAUGUAUCGUUUAUUGAAUCAAGAUUUCACGGGAGAGGUUCCCGUAGAAGCAUAUAAUUCACUCUUCUUGGUGCAUAUAUUCGUCAAACAGUUUAUUUGCAGUUUAACUGGUGAUGAAAUCCACUGCCAUUUUGAAGCGCGUAACAAUGCUGGCGGCUCCGAAUCUUUUGCGGAUGAACAUGAGCAAAAUAUUAAUAAUUUUUCGAUUGAUCCAAAAAUUCUUCAUGAUUCGCGUCCUAUGGCUGAGCAGCUACUGGAUGCCUUAAUUUCCGUCAUUUUAUACUUGAAUCCGGUUGCGAGCGCUACGGCUUAUGAAUACUACCAAGAAUGUCUGAAUACUUUCGUGAUUCUCGUAUCAACACAAUUGCAUCAACUAUCAGCAUCAUGUGGCGACAACUAUUUUCUCGCUAUCUUAUUCUCCAAGUUUAGUCAUCUUAUCAACGACUUAACCAACCGCUUAGUGACCAAUUUAAUUGAGCAAAAGUCAAUGCCGCCUGUAUCGACAAACGUCGUGUACAACGCAUACUCUUAUUUGUUUUCGUCCAAAUCACCCACCGCAUUAUCAUUAGAUCCACACCCUGUACCGGAAAGAAGUUUUAUUCUUUUAUUACUCUUGGCUGUACAGCCGGGUGAAUUUGGUGGUAAGGGUGGCAAUGAGUUUAGGAAUUCCAUAGCAAGACUGAAGGACGAACUGGGUUCCAAAGACCAAGACAGUGCGAUCUCAUUUCGACUGCUAUAUCGAGUAAUCUACCAGCAACUACCGUCAGAAGAAAUAUGUCUCUUGUUUUAUUUAUUAAUGAUUGAAAACAAUGAAUUCAAAGCAUAUGUUUUAUCUCGUUCCGAUCCUGAAAUAUUCCUGCUACCAAUACUCCGUCUGCUCUACGAAGCGAUUGAGAGAAGACCCAAUUAUCCCCAAGUCUAUAUUUGUCUAGCUAUUUUGCUUAUUUUCAGUGAAGACAAUGUGUUCAACGAAAACAUCCAGAAAGUUUUAUGUCAACAGCAAAUACCAUAUCAGUCGUGGCUUACAGAGAGACUGUUGAAGCAAAUAUCGCUUGGAGGAUUGGUUUAUCUUGUGCUAAUACGGAUGAUUCAACUCAAUCUUACUUCUCAUCGGGACUUAUACAUACAUACUCACUGCAUAGCCAUACUUGCGAACAUAGCAAGUACUGUUACCGAUAUCCAACCUUAUGUAGCUCAGAGAAUUGUCAACUUGUUUGACAUAGUUACCAAAAAAUACCAAAAGUUGCGAACUAGAGCACGAGAAGCGAAUAAUGAUGACAACCAGGUUGACUAUAUAAUAUAUGGCGACUUGGUUUGCUUGAUCCUUGAGAUCAUAAAUUCGAUUCUCACACGACGGUUAGCACAAAACCCACAACUUAUUUAUUCGCUUCUCCAUAAAAAGGAUACGUUCUUACGAUUCCAAAAGUAUAAGAGAUUUUCCGAAUUAAUUGAUAAUGUUGAUAAUGUUAUAUCUUACUUCCAUAUACGUAUAGCUGAGGCAAACUUGCGUGCACCGUCAACUGAAGAAGUAACAGAAAUAAUACAGACUGCCACAAGAACGUGGCCACCUGGGAGACUGAAAGAUUCUCCCGAUUUAAAGUUCAAAUAUAGUGAAGGUUCGGAUUCUCACGAGUUCUUUUGCCCGUAUGUCUGGUCGAUCAUAUAUCGACGCAUGUGGACUUACUGGGACGAGGAGAAGGCAAGGAUUAUUAGAGAUUACGUUAUUUCUGAUGACGAGUCGAACGAAGUAGACGACAUAUCCAGCACAAUAUCCACUGUUUAG